AUUUCUUCAUCCUGUUCCUUCUCAAGCAUAGGAGCGUAAAUAUGUGUUUAGUUGCUAAAGUUUGUCUUUUGAUCAAAAAUGCACGGCAAUGAAGGAGAUAAAUUUAAAAAAAAAAAAAAAAAAAAAAAAAAAAAAAAAAGGAGCUGCACAGCUUUCACUUUCUGUUUGUCGCUGCAAAAACAAAACCGAACAUAGUUUGCAUUACUUCGGCGACAGCCUGGACCAAAGAUGUGGCGGACGAUGUUGUUGUCUAUGUUGCUGCUCAAACUCAAAGCAGCCAACUCGCAGAUCAUCAGUUCUGGUCCAACGAGAGCUGACUACGGAUCAGACGCGCAUUACAAGUGCGAGCUGCACAACCAGACAGGGCACAAUUAGCUGGUGUCUUUUUAUCUGUGAGCUGAUUCCCGAAUGGCUUCUUGGCCCCACCUCAGGUGUGCUUCAGGUUACCUGGCAAAGGCGCCUGAAGGACGGUUCAGUGGAGAACCUGGCGUCCUACAGCAAGCGGCAUGGGCAACAGGUCAAUGAGCCUUACCAGGAGAAGGUGAUGCUCACCGAGGUGUCCCUCAGCUCGGCGUCCAUCACCCUAAAGAACCUCACGUGGGCUGAUGAAGGUUGUUAUAUCUGCCAGUUCAACGUGUAUCCAGGAGGGUCCAAGAAAACUCAGACCUGCCUCGCCAUCCAAGGAAUAUCUGAAGUGCAAACAAAGGUGUACCCUUCCGCCGGCGACCUGACUGACUCAACCAAGCAGGUUACGUUCAGUUGCUCUGCCACAGGGAAACCAGCGCCCGCCAUUCGCUGGCUCUUCUCGCCCGACGUCACCAGUUUGCACGAACCAUUGGCUUCCAUGGAAGCCACCGACGACCUUACGUUGACCAGCAGUAGUAACGUUACAGUGGUUGUGUACAGAGGCUGGACAGGACAUGCUGACUGUGUUGUGGAAAACGGGAGUCGGGGACGGACAAUGGAGAGGAUCACUUUUUCCUGGAACCCCGAUCAAGGAAAACGUGAGGGGGAGCCAGGUGGAUCACCGUCACCAGUAAUGGUCGUUGGUAUUGUUUCGGGUAUUUCUGUAGCGAUUAUUGCAGUGGUCAUCAUCUGCAUUGUUAAGUGGACACAAAAAAGGGUGAAAGACUACAAAAUACCUGAAGUUGUUGGCGUUAUUUAGCUCUCCAGCCAUUUAAGAGAUCCACAACAGGAAUAUUGUGCUGAAUUACCCUGAUCUUCACCUAUAGCUCAAACCUACCUUCUUGUGUUUAUCUAAAUGUAGCAGAUUAUAUUAGAAGUAUAUUGUUGUUAUCUAAAGGAAAUGUUUUUUGAUGGCUUCUUCUGUUUGGGACGAUAAGGUAUGUCGGGGAAUGUAAGGUCAAGUGUGGAUUUGUGAGGCUGGUGGAGAGGCAGGAAGAGUUUCCACCUCCAGGAACUCAACCUCUAGUGUGACUUGUGGACUUUUCAGUGAAGUAAUGAAAAAUGAGACAUAUUAACUAUAAUCAGUUUAGCUCAGGGGUGUCAAACGAACAGGUUUUAUGAGUUUGCUAACAAUAAAAAUGAGCAGAACAUUUUUUGAAUGAAAGAAACCGCUGUUCUAAAUGUGUCCACUCGAUGUCGCAACAGCAAUUAUUUGUAAAAAAAAAAAUUAAAAAAAAUAAACCACAUGAUGUUAGUACAG